CAAUCCUUUCCAAAGAAGCUUCCAAUGUCUCAGUCAGUGCCUCAGAUUUAUAUCCAGGUUAAGGAAUUUAUUUAUGCAAGCCUUAAGUUUUCAGAGUCACUUCACCGCAGCUCAACAGAAAUUGAUGAUAUGCUCAGAAAAUCUACAAAUUUGCUGCUUACGAGAACUCUAAGUAGUUGUUUACAGAACCUAAUUAAAAAACCUCAUAUAGGUUUAACUGAGCUUGUUCAAAUCAUCAUAAACACAACACACUUGGAACAAGCCUGUAAAUACCUUGAGGAUUUUAUAUCUAACAUUACAAAUAUUUCACAAGUGACUGUUCACACUGCAAGACUUUAUGGACUUUCUACGUUUAAGGAUGCAAGGCAUGCUGCAGAGGGAGAAAUAUACACAAAACUUAACCAAAAAAUAGAUGAAUUUGUUCAGAUUGCUGAUUAUGAUUGGACAAUGUCUGAAUCCAAUGGAAGAGCCAGUGGAUACUUAAUGGACCUUAUUAACUUUUUAAGAAGCACAUUUCAAGUUUUUACUCAUUUACCUGGAAAAGUGGCCCAGACAGCAUGCAUGUCAGCCUGCCAGCAUCUUUCAAUGUCCCUAAUGCAGAUGCUACUGGACAGUGAAUUAAAACAAAUAAGCAUGGGAGCAAUUCAACAGUUUAAUUUAGAUGUGAUACAAUGUGAAUUGUUUGCUAGUUCUGAGCCUGUGCCAGGAUUCCAAGGAGACACCCUGCAGUUAGCUUUCAUCGACCUCAGACAACUUCUCAGAACAAGCAGAGGAACAUGUUACGUCUGUAACAUGAAGCCCAGCCUUGGGGUGCUAUGUAAUGGGAUUUGUGCUUCUCUAGUUUUCAGUGCAAUGCUGCUUAUUCAGCUAAAGAAGAGAGCUCAGAUUUCAGAGAGCAACAAAGCAGGAGUUGCACCUCCCUGGAUUUCAGACUGUAGAUCCUCACUUUACUGGCAGAGGAAGGCAACCCUCUUGGUGACCUUCCCCUUCUUCGUAAGUUGACAGUGCACUAAAGCAAAAGGAGGGCUUGAAGCACACCAUGAACAGAGCAGAAGCACUUCAAGGCUCAGUAUCUCAUGUAUUUGCAUCAUACAGGGGUAGCAUGCGUAUGCAUACCCAUGUUAAAAUGGACGCAGUUAUUUGAACAUGACUGCAUACUAAAUGUGUGUUAUCCAGCUUGCAGGGGACACACAAUGUCUUUUCAGAGUACUAUAUUCCUACAAGUAAAUGGGAAUUCUUC